AUGGCAUCCGCUCCUCCCGCUGAGCUGGGCGCGCACUGCUCGCUGCCAUCGUGUAAUGCGUUCGACUUCCUGCCCAUUGUCUGUCCGCAUUGCUCCGCGUCGUUCUGCGGUCGACACGCUUCGCCUUCCUCCCACGCCUGCCCGAGCGAUCCCUCAACAUCCUCACUGUCGCCAGACGAGCUGAAUGCACGGCGUGCCGACAACCAGCCCUCAUUCCGAAGCCUGCUGCCGGAUCCGAAGCGGCACAAGCGGGAAGCGGUCGAGCCGAGUGAGGAGGACAGGGUCAAGAAGGAGGGGCAGCAGGCUGCGCUGGCAAAGUUGAAGGCUUCCUUCGCCAAGGGAAAGGCAGGGACGACGUCUACUCCUCCGACGCCCUCAGCUCCCGCGAAGAAGCCUAACCCGACUCUCGAGCUUAUGCGAUUGAAGGGACGAGCGGUUCCGGCGGAUCCCAAGCACGUCAAGCGAGCUGGGGACGUUCCGAUGCCAGAUCGACUCUUUCUCAAGGUACAGUGUGCCAAGGAGGCGGCGAAGGAACCAGAAGUUCGUGAGGUAUGGGUCAGCAAGAUCAUUACUGCGGGCAAGGCGCUCGACCUCUUUGCGGACCUCUUCAAGGUGACGAACGACAACAACGCGACGACCGAUCCAUCUAAACUCCUCUCCCUUGGCCUGCCGUCCGACCCGCCUACCCGCCUCACCCUCGCCGAACCGCUCUCAGCGCAAGUUGCGAACGGCGGAACCGUCCAACUCUACAAGGGCUUCCUGUGGCCAUGA